AUGGCAGACCCUCGGUCUCAGUUGCCGCGCACAACGCGCGUUAAGAAUAAACAGCCAGCUGACAAGCAGAUUACUGCCGAGCAACUGCUACGCGAAGCAAAAGAAAUCCAGCUUGAAGAUGACUACAAGGCGCCCAAGCAGAUUAUCACUGACCCGGAGGAGCUCAGCGAGUACCGCCUGGCAAAGCGGAAGCAGUUUGAGGAUCUCGUGCGUCGCGUGGGAAGGUUUAAUGGAGGCGUUUGGGUCAAGUACGCCACGUGGGAGGAGCAGCAAAAGGACUUUCGGCGGGCUCGGUCUGUUUGGGAGCGAGCUCUGGCCAUCGAGUACCGCAACGUCAGCGUGUGGCUCAAGUACGCGGAGAUGGAGAUGCGGCACCGCUUUGUGAACCACGCCCGCAACGUGUGGGACCGAGCCGUGUCGCUGCUCCCCCGCGUGGACCAGCUGUGGUACAAGUACAUCCACAUGGAGGAGAUGCUGGGGAACGUGGCGGGGGCCAGGCAGGUGUACGAGCGCUGGAUGCGAUUCGAACCCGACCACACGGGUUGGAUGGCGUACAUCAAGUUCGAGUUGCGGUACAACGAGGUGGACCGCGGCCGGGCGAUCUUUGAGCGUUACGUGCAGAUCCUGCCCAGCGUCAAGGCCUGGGUCCGCUACGCCAAGUUCGAGAUGCAGAACGGGGAGGUGGCUCUGGCUCGGAGGUGCUAUGAAAGGGCGGUGGAGGAGCUGGGGGAGGACGGACAGACGGAGGAGUUUUUCAUUAAGUUCGCCGAGUUCGAGGAGAAGGCUCGGGAGGUGGAGCGAGCCCGGUCCAUCUACCGCUACGCACUGGACCACAUACCCAAGGCCUCUGCAUCCACCCUGUACUCGCGGUUCGUCGCGUUUGAGAAGCAGCACGGCGACCGGGAGGGCAUUGAGCAGGUGGUGGUUAGCAAGCGCAGGUUCCAGUACGAGGAGGAAAUUGCCAAAUCGCCGUACAACUACGACACCUGGUUCGACUACAUCAAGCUGGAAGAGGGCACGGGUGACGUGGAGCGCACUCGGGAGGUGUACGAGCGCGCCGUGGCCCAGCUGCCCCCCUCCUCAGCUGAGAAGCGCUUCUGGCGUCGUUACAUCUACUUGUGGAUCAAGUACGCGCUGUUCGAGGAGCUGGAUGUCGGUGACGUGGAUCGAACCCGGGACGUGUACCGGGCGGCGCUGGACCUCAUCCCGCACAAACAAUUCACAUUUGCCAAGGUGAACACACAAAAAAAACGCAGCGGCGCGGGUGUAGACACCCGAGAGAGAGGUGUCGAGGGUCAGAAGUGGAAACACCCACCCCCCCUCCCUCUCGCAUGGGACAGCUCCUGCAUGACUCACCCGCCGGAUGUGUGCCACCGUCUAGCGAACAUCGUCCGUAAGCUUUAUGAGAAAUAUCUGGAGUGGCGGCCCUCCAAUGUUGGCGCCUGGGUUCGAUACGCCGACCUGGAACGGAGUCUGGGUGAGACGGAGCGCUGUCGUGCGCUGUUCGAGCUGGCUAUUGCGCAGUCGCUGCUGGACAUGCCUGAAGCCCUGUGGAAGGCCUACAUUGAUUUCGAGAUCUCCGAGGGCGAGCGGGAGCGGGUACGGGUGCUGUACACUCGGCUUCUGGACCGUACGAAGCAUGUCAAGGUGUGGCUGUCGUUCGCCCGCUUCGAGGCGGCUCUCAUGCCUGUGGCGGCAGCGGAGGGCGCGGAGGGAGAGGCGGCAGGGCAGCCGCAGGCGCCCGCGGAGGGUCCCGAGUCCGCCCCCGCCCGUGCUACCCGCGCCCGGGCAGUGUACGACCAGGCCUUCCGUACACUUCGUGACGUGGCGCCUGAUGCCAAGGAGGAGGCGGUAAUGCUGUUGGAGGCUUGGAAGGCCUUUGAGCAGGAGCAGGACUGGAGCAGCCGGCUGUCGGAGGUGGAGAAGAAGAUGCCCCGCCGGGUGAAGCGCAAGCGGGCCGUGACCACGGAGGAUGGGCACGAGGUGGGGCAGGAGGAGUACUACGACUACAUCUUUCCGGAGGAGGGCGCCGCAGCGCCCGGCCUCAAACUGCUGGAGGCGGCAUACCGCUGGAAGCGACAGCGC